AGAAUACUUUUUCGAUAAACUCCGCGUUACACACCAACAAAACGGCGUUCGCGCCGAAGCUUGUGGAAUGUCACGUAACCACUAUACUUAAACUGAAGUCCUCGUGCUCACAUACCAAUUUCAUAACACUCCGGUCGACUCCGUCAUCAGUUGUCGAAUCAAUAGCCGAACUUUCCGUUUCAGUUUCCAAUUCUCACGUUCUCCCAUCUAAUAACAAGCGUAUUUUGUUUGGGUAUAUUUGAAAAAUAAGUCAACUGACUCAGACCAUCCUUUGCUUGUAGCUGAAUCAUAAAAAGAGGCAUAAGACUGAGACUUCAGCACAGGGUGUAGAUUCGGGACAGCAGCUACGGGCGUCAAAACGAAGGAUGGAGAUCUGGCUGAACCCCAAACACCGACUCCCCUGCUGCAAGCUCCGGUAGUUUCUUGGGCAAAAUGCAUUGUAUUUACCGAGCACCUAACCAAAUAACGCAGUCACCGCAAGAGAGCGAAAACCCGGAUCGCAGCGAUUUGUUUACGCGCGUUUGACAGUAAUUGGAGUUAUUUAGGAAAUACCCACUGAUGGAAUAACGUAACCUGUUACCUACGCAAGGAAACCUUACAACGUCCGUUUUGUCGCUCGAUUCCUUGCCUGAAAGAGUAUAAGGAAUGUUUGGAAUACAGAAGCGAAGGCUGUUUGGUGUUCUUUCAUUACCGGUAAUUGUGGCAGUGAUCUGCUGUGCUCAAAGCGCCAAUGAACCAGGAAACAUGUCUUUUGUCAAAGAGACAGUGGACAAGCUUUUGAAAGGCUAUGACAUUCGUCUUCGACCGGACUUUGGAGGCGCACCGGUGGCAGUUGGCAUGAGCAUCGAUGUGGCAAGCAUAGACAUGGUGUCUGAGGUCAACAUGGUAUGUCUGAAACCUUACAACGUCCGUUUUGUCGCUCGAUUCCUUGCCUGA